CUUCCAGGUCUGAGUUGCCAAGUAAUCGUAUCAGCAAAUCAGUGCGAACAGUUCUAACACCCACUCCGACAUCAGUGUCUAACUUGCUUUUGUUGGCAGCGGGAAAGCACCUUAGAUUGACACAUCAAGCAGGCGAUACUUUCUUCAUAGUGAAGGGGUUCAGCUCCGCGGAGACAGUCCACGUUCACGUUCGAGUCCGGCGCCCCUGCGCUGAACUCAGAUCGGCAGCCAAAUGGUCUUACUCGAUUCGGUCAAGCAAAAUCCAUUGCUGUGGACUUGCGCUGCUGGAGUCGUCGGCCUGGGCGUCAGCCUGCUGUCAUGGAAAGCUGCCAAGGCAGCGGAGCUGUAUGUUCCGAUUCAGUACCAAUACCGGCCGGGGACCAUCAGCGGGUGGCUUGCGAACGCUCUAGCCAACCACUCCAAGAGCCGGCGAAAGCGCCGCCCCGUCCGCGUGUACCUUGACGGCUGCUUCGACAUGAUGCACUACGGCCACGCGAAUGCACUACGCCAGGCUAAGGCGGUGGGCGAUGAGCUGGUGGUGGGGCUGAUCAACGACGCGGAGAUUAUGCGCUGCAAGGGCCCGCCCGUCAUGAACGAGGAGGAGCGGCACACGCUGGUGGAGGCUGUCAAGUGGGUGGACGAGAUCCUCACUGGCGUUCCCUACGAUCUGAACCCGGAAUUUGUGAACGAGCUGUUCACCAAGCACCGGAUAGAUUACAUCAUCCACGGUGACGACCCCUGCUUGCUGCCGGAUGGCUCGGACGCGUACGCACACGCGAAGAAGCUGGGGCGCUUCAAGAUGGUCAAGCGGACGGAGGGCGUCAGCACCACUGACAUCGUGGGCCGCAUGCUCACCUGCAGCCGCGUCAACCACUUCAUCAACGCAGAUGAGCCGCACCCGCUGGCCAAGUCGUUCAGCAUGGGCACGCCGCGCGAGGAGUCCAACGCUGAGGCCUCCACCAGCGACGCCUCCACGCGCACCACGCUGUCCAAGUUCCUGCCCACCAGCCGGCGCCUGGUGCAGUUCUCCAACGGCCGCGUGGCACCGGAGGGGGCGCGCAUCGUGUAUAUCGACGGCGCCUUCGACUGCUUUCACCCUGGGCACGUCAAGAUCCUGCAGGCCGCCAAGGCCCAGGGUGACUUCCUGCUGGUGGGGCUGCACACGGACGAGGACGUGCAGGCGCGCCGCGGGCCGCACCUGCCCAUCAUGAACCUGCACGAGCGCAGCCUGUCGGUGCUGUCCUGCAAGUAUGUGGACGAGGUGGUGAUCGGCAGCCCGUGCGUAAUCACGGAGGACCUGAUGACGACCUUCAACAUCAGCGUGGUGGUGCGCGGCUCCAUGUCGGAGACCAGUAUGCUGGGGCCAGUGGAGGAGGAGCGGUACGAGGUGCCUCGCCGCAUGGGCCUGUUCACGGAGCUGCCCAGCCCCAGCGACGUGUCGGCGCGCAACAUUAUCCACCGCAUCGUGGACAAGCGCGCGGCUUUCGAGGCGCGCAACGCCAAAAAGGUCAAGGGCGAGGAGGCCUACUACACCGGGGCCAAGCAGUACGUGCAGGAGUUGUGAACGGCGCCCAGCUUGGUUACCGCGGUUCAGGUUGAAGGCGCUGCCUGGUGCACGUGUGAGGGUUACUGAUGCUCGAAUAGUGCGUUUUGUGUGUACGUUGUAUCGUAUGUGGCUAUGGCGUCCUGAGGCGGUUUGGUACGGCCGUCGGAGGAAAGGCGUGAGGCACAAUGCGUUGGCGAUGUUUUGAUGUGGGCGGGAGGUUUGCGGGAUGCUUGCUGUGCGAUUGUGCGCGACUGUGGACCAGGGGGCUUCUAGCUGACGAGUAUAUGCUGCUUUCAACGAAAUGCUGUGGGGCGGAUAGCCGCCGCCGCUAGUGACGUGGACAAGCUCAGGAGCAUGGCUGCAAUGUGCCGAGUAGGCUCUGGUAUUGCGUUGACGUGUAUUGGACGGACAGACGAAUGGCGUACCGUACCGUUUAGACGACACAAACGGAUUUACGGACACUGUAUGUGGCUCAUUUCAUCACACUCUGUAAGAUGAUAAUGCA